AUGCCCAUAAUACGCUCCUCCUCCGUCUCCCGACGGAAGUCCCUCCGCUCUGCCCGCCUGCUGUCGUCCUUGGCCUCCCAGUCAACCUACACAAAGUCCCAGACGGGCAACCUGGCCAUGCUGUUCCUGACAUCCUCCAAGCACGAGCCGCCCCGCUCCGUGGACGACGAAAAGUCCAUCAAGGUGCUCCUCAAGCAGUACAAGAAGUUGGAGAUUGCCUUGUCCAAGUUCAGCUCCAAGCACAACAACGUCACCAAGGCCAACCUCCUCCGAACCAUCUUGCUACCGUUUCUACGUCUGCAGCCCCCGCUCGAGGCCACGUUCCCUGAGCUGCUGAAGAUCUACGCCAGCUUCUGCUCCGUGUCCACCGCCAUUCUUGGCAAAUGGUGGCGCCUGCUUCUUCUGGCGCUAGCGUCUCAGAACCUGGCCACCCACGUUUCCGCUCUGGACAGAAACGCCUACUUUGAGUGCAUCUCCCGCAUCAUGGCUCUACGCGAGUGGACGGCCGCUGAUCUGGAGGCCCAGGCGGUCUUCACCUCCUGUCUCACGGAAACGCUAGAUUUCUGUGUGCGCAGGGUUCAGACCCUGAAGCUCGUGCCAAUCUCCAUGUGUGCAUUCGUGGGCAAAGUCUUUGCAUUCGCUUUCUUCAACUUGCCCCACGUCUGCAACGCCUUGUUGUUUUUGCUCAAUGUAAAGCAGAGCCUGGUGCAGAGCCUAGUUGCCAAUUGCGAGGCCCCUCUGCCCAAGGAAAUUACAGACGCCAAGGCGGCUUUCCCCAAGCACUUGGCCCACCUCAUAGCAUACAAGGGCGUGGACAACCUUAACAAGGCCAAACAGGGCAUCAUCAACUCAAUUCCCCCACCCAAGCACCCCGUCAAGGGCAUUCGGGACCCCAGCGGUCCCUGGGUCCGCAGAUGGUCCAGCUCCGACAGUGACAUCUUCAAUUCUUUCUUCCGUCAUUACAUUAACCUCACUGAUUUGUUUUUGGCCAAGGCUGACUGCAAUAGGGAGGUGCUGCCGAUGGUGUUCCCUGGUUUCUACAUUAUUGGAACUCACAUCUCACAGGUUUUUGAGUUUUCCAUAAACAGAAUUGUCCACAACAUGAAGAGGCCCGAGGUGCCCACGGGACCAGUAGCUCCUGUUUCUUCAGGUAAUGGCUCUCGACCAAAGUCGCCUCCACGGAAUAACGCUGUUGCAGCAAAUCCUCCUCCUGCGGCUCCCCAGCCCCAACUGUCGAGCUACCCGUUCAAACUGAACGACACCAACUACACUUGCAUUCUAAAGAUUCUCAAGACAACACGAGACAUCAGUUUUUCUUCCAUUCCAUUUGCGAACAACCUCUCCCGGUUUAUAGAUUUGUUGUUUGUGAACAUUGCACGUUCGACUAGCAUCUACGACUGCAACAGAAACGGUCUAGUGCUCAGUCUUGUGCAUGUGCAUUCAAAUCAUGUAUUUGACACAAGCAACAUUGACUGGGAGUUUUGGUUGGGCUGCGUAUAUCUCAUGCUCACAGAGACACAUCACCUCCAGAUCAUUCAAAGAAACUUGGCAUUCUUGUUCAACGUGUGGGACAGGAUCCCUGAUCAGUUGUGCAAGACGGAGAUUCCACAGUCGGUCUCCUACUUGAAGGGUUGGCUCGUAACCCCUGGUGAAAGCAUUAAGGUUAAUUUCUCCAAUUGGUUGACCUCCACCGAUGUAUGGGUCAAGUUCUUCUUGCAUUGGAACCCUAUUGUGCGCUCCUACUUUCUUCGUCUUUUGGUCUGGAGAGUCAUCGGCAUCAACAACUAUGAGUCCUCUUCUGCUAUUCAAACUACAAGAAGAAGUAAAAUGAAGCUUGACUCCAUGUAUAGCACAUUGCGCGAGCACAAGGGCUCUUUGACGAAGGACUUGAACUAUUCACCUGACAGUCCAAUGGUGAACAGAAAGUUUGGCAUCUUACCGUUGAAUCCAAACCAAACUUACUUGGGUGCUGACGAUUUGUCAACAGGCUACUUGACAGGAAACGCAAACAGAACGAGUGACUUGAGAAAGACUCAUCCUUUUGAAGUCUUUGAUGAGGCAAUCUACUCCUGUACUUCUUUGCCCAGCUCUCCUGCCCAGCAGAAUGUAAAGGGAAGUCCCCUGCAGAAUUCGCUUGGGAAACCAGUCAAGAAUGUAUCCUUGAUCAACUCCUUGAGUAAGUUCUUCAAAAGCUUGUCCACGGAGGAAAAGAAUGGAUCCAGUCUCAGAAUGCAACCUCCCAAGCCAUUGGGCAGAAAGGAAUCAUUUGCCUCUCUCAAACGCAAUUCAAGAUCGCUUACUUCCUUGUCAAAUCCGCCUAUGAUUCUGUCAAGGAAUUCUAGUCCAAGCUUGGCUUCUCAUCAGUCGUCGCUCAAUGAUUUGUCGACCGACUCAUCAGCAACUUCAGAUUCAGAGUCGUCCAUGUCUGACUUCAUUGGCUCCUCAAGCUCGUCAUUCUCCUCUCGCUCAUCUAAGCACACACAGCCGCCGGAGCUCUUCAAAGUACCUCCUGAAAUCGUUCGUCCAGUUUUCAAGUUCGACAUCAUCGUUGAUAACGACAUUUUGGCUCACAAGUUCACUCAGAUGCAGAGGGCCAACAACUCCGACGUUUACAGCAAAUUCUACAUGCAAGGACAAGCUGUUCCAAGUUCGGAACCCAAGGCAGUGAAGGUGCCCUCUAUUUCCAUAUUCCUCAACUCGGAUAUCUACAACCCAUUUUACAUCAGCACAGAUAAUUACCUCAUUGACGAGGACAUCUUUGAUGACGAGGAGGAAUGUGAGAAGAACCGGUUCUUCAAAAAAAUGUCGACCUGGUGCUCAAAUGAGGCGUCUUUGCAGUGCUUGGGCAAGUCAAUUAACGAGUGGAACAUGAUUGUUGAGGAGUUUGAGCGUUUCUUGUUUCACACGAUAGAGGCUGACCAGGCCAACUACGUGCCCACAGUGACCAGAUCGUCUGACGAAGAUCUUCAAGGCUCGCCAAAGAGGAAAGAGAUUAAUGAGAGCGAGUACUUCCAACGCAUCGUACCCUUUCUUCCAAUUGAUAGCUUUACAGAACUCAAGUUGCUUAAUGCGUCUUGA